AGGGAGGUGGAAAGUAGGAUGGGAGUAUUGAGGGAAAGAGAAGAAGAGAUGGGUUUGAAGAAAAGUGAAUUAAGCGUGUUGAGUAAGAAGGUUGAAGAAUGCAAUGUUGAGAUUAAGUUUAAAGAAGAGGAAAUCGAUUAGAUGCGGAAAUUGCUCGAGGAUUGUUCGUCGGAGUUUAACUCGAAAAGCGGCGAGCUGGAUUCGGUUAUGAAAUCGGUUGAUGAUUGUUCUAAGGAGCUUUGUUUGAAGAAGGAGCAAUUGUGUUUAGUGCAGAAUUCUAUAAGUGAAUGUUGCAAUAAGCUGGAAGGGAAGGAGUUGGAGUUGGCAUGUUUCCGAAACUCGAUCAAUGAAUGUACUAAUCAACUGUAUGUGAAACAGAAUGAACUUGGAGAGAAUGAGAAAAAGUUGGAUUCCAUCAAGUCCUUGAUUCAGGAUUACGAGGAAGAACUUGAAGCCAAAAAGGAAAACUAUGAAGCACUUGAAAAUGUUGUUGGAGUUCAUGCUGCUAAACUCGAUUGUUUCGAGAAGAAACUGAGGUUGAUUGAUGAAAAAGUUUGUGCUCGGUUGCAAGAGCUUAAUUCAAGAAAUGAUGAACUUGAUUCACUGUUAGCAUUGAUUGCGAGGAAUGAAAAACAGCUUGAAUCAACAAAGGAGGAGCUCGAAUCGGUCGAAGCAAGGUUGGGAGGAUAUUCCAAGGAUAUUGAAUUGAAAAACCAAGAAUUCAGUGCUGUACAAAUGUGCAUUGAAGAACGUGGUCAAGAACUCCAUUCGAAUGAGAAACAAUUCAGCUCAAUCCAGAUGUUGAUCCAAGGAUGCACCAAGGAGCUCGAAGCAAAGGAGCAAAAGCUCCAUUCGAAAGAGAAACAACUCAGCUCGGUCCAAAUAUGGAUUGAAGGAUGCACCAAGCAGCUCCAAGGAAAAGAGGAAGAGCUCCAUUCAAAAGAGAAACAACUCGGCUCGGUCCUAAUAUCCAUUGAAGGAUGCACCAAGCAGCUUGAAGCAAAGGAGGAAGAGCUCCAUUCAAAAGAGAAACAACUCAGCUCAGUCCAAAUGUCAGUCGAAGGAUGUACCAAGCAGCUUGAAGCAAAGGAGGGUGAACUUACCUCAAUUAAAAACACAAUCUUGGGGUGCACCAAGGAACUUGAAUCAAAACAACAGCAGCUUCAAGAAAUUCAAAAAUCUCUGGAGAAACUCCUUUGUGUGCUUAAAUCCGAAGAGAAGCCACUGAAUUUAGUUGAAAAUGUAGGUGGUGAAUGCCUACAGGUGGCUGGUGUGAAGGAUGAGCAUAUUGGAUCACUUAAAAGAUCAUUGGAAGAACGUUUGGAUGGAUUAGAAACAGAAAAGAGGCAAUUUGAAGCUCGUGUCAAGGAGUUUGAACUCAAAGAAAAACAAUUUGAUUCAGUCAAAAAAUCUGUUGAACAGAGAAGUAAAGAACUUGAAUUGAAAGAGAAGAAACUAACUAAUGCCCUUCACUCUCAAGCAAGCAGUGAGAAUCCUCGUUCUUUCGACACACAUGCCCUUGGAAUCACUAACACAGAAUCAGCGAACACAGUCACUAAUCAAAUCAAGAAAGAAAUUCGGGAAAAUUUUAUCAUUUGCAAUGUGAGUGAAGCUUCAACUGCUGAUCUUGUAGUUGGUGCUACAAUGGAUGGAAUGGCUUUGCAAAGUGUCCUCAAUGAGCAUCUAGAAGAGCCUGGUUUGAGAAAGGAUGAAGUUCUGAGUGCUCUUCAAAUGUCACCGGAUCCAGCCAAGUUUGUUCUGGAUCUAAUGCUUGGGAUAUCUUCUCAACAUAAGAAAAAGGAUGGGACAGGAUUUGAAGAAAGUUUUCUCAAGAUAUCUCUUCUUAUGUUGGAGAAACUUUUUCAAGUCUCAUCCCAUGUACAACCUAAGGUGAAAUCAGAUGCAUUGACAUUGGCAAAGGAGUGGAAAACGGAGCUGAAACCGAGUGCCGAAAAUUCCAUCGAAAUGUUGUGUUUUUUGCAGUUUGUUGCUGCCUUUGGGUUAGCACCCUCGUUCAAUAGAGAUGAAAUCUUCAAACUUUUUGCUACUACAGCUCAACACCAACAGGCUCGAAAUGUAUGCCAGAUCCUUGGUUUUACAGAUAUGAUUCCUGACUUCGUUGGUAGUCUAAUUGCAAGAAAGCAAUAUAUUGAAGCAAUUAGAUUUGUCUGUGCACUUGAUUGCAAGGAUAAGUGCCCACCAAAACGGCUCUUAGAACUAUUCUUGGAGGAUAUAAAUAGAGCGGCUUGUGAUCGCUGCAAGAUCGGGAAGAAUUCGCCCGAAGUUCAGCAGAAGGCCAUAGAUGAAUGGAUCGCUUCAUUGAAAUCUGUAAUCGAAUGUGUCAAGGAUUGUAAGCUCGAAUCAUAUAUGCCGGUUGAGGUCAUUGAGAAGUCCAUUGCCGAGCUAGAAAAGCAAAAGCUGAACUUGACAUUUUCUGCAGUUCAACCGAAUGUACAUGGCAGGACAACAUGUAACACCGGCCCGUCUGUCCCGGGGAAUCAUUCGAGUCCCGUUCCUCCUGUCCAACAGCAGUUUCACGGUGGGAACUAUACUUUCACUACAGGUACUCAAUGGCAUGAGCAGUUUACCUAUGCUUCCAGUCCGAUGACUCGACCUCCACAGCAGUUCCAAGGUAUGAUCCAUGGUUCCGUUCCGGUGGCUCGACUGCACGGGCCAAGCAAUAAGCGUGCUCGGACUGAUGGACUAGUUACCAACUCCUAUACACCUCAAGUACCAACACUUAACCCCAAUAUUCAUCCAGCUUCACUGCAUGGAAUAGGGGUUCAGCCUAAUCCAGGCAUAAACUUUUACCGUUCGGCAACUAACUUAGAACAUUCAUCUACUUCAGCCACCGGGCAAAACCUGAUUCACAACAGGCCCAGGCAGCCGUAGAUUCGGCCACCGCUGAACUCAUCUAGGACCAUGGAA